ACUUUUACACAGGAAGUAGUUACUGAGAGUGCUCCUGUCCUUGUGGACUACACAGAAGUCCCAGAAUGAUAAGGAAAAUGUCGCGAAAUAGGAGAACCACUUUAAUAUUUGCAGGUUUUGUAACGGCGGUUGCAGCCGCUUUCUAUCCGAUAUUUUUUCAUCCUAUGACACACGUACAUGAGUACAAGCAAGUUCAGACCACGAACCGAGCUGGAAUCAAUCAAGCGGAUGUCCAACCCGUAGGGGUGAAGGUCUGGUCUGAUCCAUUCAAGUCAAAGUGAGGACCAUGAGAGCAGAGAUUUUUGGUGCCAGGAGAAGGAGGAGGAAGAGGAGGCAGAAAUCUGACCGGUUGCCUACCCUGAUUCUGGGUUGAUUUUUAAUCUUGGCAGCGGUGCUCAUGGGAGGUGAAGUCCAGGCAGGGCUGUGUUAAAAAUACACAAGAACUUUGUGUUUCUGCGUCAAAGACUAUUUCAGAUGAACUGUCUCAAGAGGAUCAAGGGGGCAAUCAGAGUUUUUAAGAAAAUGCAUACGUUAGUAUUAUCGUGUUUAGAGUUUGUGGUGGCUGCACUGAUUAAAUUUGUUGUUCAGUAAAUUA